UGUGUUGGUGUUGCGGCUGCUGUGACUUACUGGAACCCCACUAGAGGAAAUGGAAGAAUGCUGGCACACGUGACCUUGACGCAAGGAGCCAAGAUGCUAAGGUAGCAGUGGGAGCCCAACGGCAGCGUGCUCUCGGCAGAGGCGACGGAGUCCGUACCGCAAGUGGCGAGUGGCCAUCAUCAUCACCCACUCUUUCUGCUUGGCACGACAAAUUUUUCACUGCCUUUCGGAUGCUUUCCAUGGCUUCUUUCUGUUGACAUGGUCUCUUUAGUGUUGUGACAUCAUGUAGGUGUGCUCGCAAGUUCCCGUACGUGCGCCGAUGCUCGAAUCACCUCUACUGCCUGCAGGCACCACUUCUUGUCAUUCCAGCAUUUAAAGUGGCAGUGCGUGUGUCGUGGCCGUGUGCCUUGAUCGUCGUAUGUCUGAGCUGUCGUAGGUCGGCCUGCAUUGUGUGAGGUGCAGCGAUGGCAAGACUCGAAAAGUGAUUCUGUGAUGACUGACCGUGCCUGCCACUGUGUUCCGUGUGGUGUGAGUGUUGCUGAUACUGUGUGCGCUCUGCUGCUGUCGUGGGAGAUCGGCCAUUGUUUGCUUCGUCUGCCCGCCUGCACUGCCUCUGUUCACUGGAUACUUCACAAAGACAGCAAGACUGACGGCUGCGCAUCCACUGCAGGUCUGCUCUCGUGAAGGCUGGGUCUACAACGCCUGAACGUCGUGGAUCCCGGAGGCCUGUCAUGGUCUCUGGAAGGGGGUGCAUCUAAUGGCGAACCACCAGCAACAGCCAGCGCAUGACUUUGCACCUUCUUGGCUCAAGAUACCCACCUAUGACACUGCGAAGAACUCUGAUGCCCCCCACCAUCAUGCACGGUCUGACGAGCACCGGCUUGGAUCCCAUCGCCGAUCAGGAGGAAGCGUGCGGUCUGGUUUCCACAGUGAUGGCUUCCGGGAAAGAGACCCUGGUGGCCGCCAGUCCCCCCUGGGCGACAGUCGUGGUGUGCCGUUCUCAUCGAGGCAUGCUUCGGCGGAUGCUGAGGACCGUCUCUUCCACCACUCGGUGCCGAGCAGCGGCGUGCACAAGGUGGCGCAGCCACCGCGUCGUCCGCACAGUCGGCACGAAUUCCGCGACUUCCUCCAGCCAUCGUACCACAAGAUGAGUCCUGGUGCCGUGCAGAGCAGCGACAACUGCGCCAGCGUUGCAGUGAGUGCCCAGGUGGGGGGUCCCACUGUCAUGUCCCAACGCAGCAAGAAGAACCUUCCUGGCAACAACUUCAACCAGGAAUUUCCCACGUUGCAGGGUGCAGACGUAGCUCCUGUUCAACAGCCGCCAGUCGUCAACGGCAGUGUCUGGGAGAACCCACGCAACUCCAAGGUGCACGGGACAGUGCUGAAGAAAGUGCAUUUGACACAGCGAACUUCGCCCAGGACAGAGCCCGCCAGUCUGCUCGAAGCGCGCUCCAAGAGCCCCAACUCCACCUCGGGUGCAGGUGCGUUGCCCUCUGCCGUGUCGGCGGUCGGAGCCCUCAGCCCCAAGUUGGGACGCCCUGCUGGCCUGACUGGCCCCUCACCAGCCGUCAAGACUGCUGUGUCUGCUUCGCAGAACUCUCUUUACAAGGCUCUGCUGCCGUUAAACAAGAAGAGCCAGCCGGGACACGCCAUGGAGAUCCUGGUAAAACAUCCCAAGACCAAGGGCAACAAGGGGGACUUUCUGAAAGCACUUCGUUCGACCGACGGUAAGGAGGUCGACGGGGCGACCACCAAGGCGGCAGGCGGGGACACCAUGGACCUGCACGACCGCACUAACGGCCACGCCGAGGUGGACAAUGGCCCAAGGGGUGAUGAAGGCGGUGACUUGGAGUCCUCGUCGUGCGACUUUGGAAAUCUGUCACUGGACACGCCCGAACACCCGCCACUCUCGAGCUCACUGGAGGCGGAGCAGAGGCUGUUGCGGGAGAUGGGCUGGAAGGAGGAGGCUUCAGAUGACGACACCUAUGCGCCACUGACUGAGGAGGAGCUCCGCGAGUUCCAGAACCUGACCAAGCUGCGCCAGGAGAAGCUGCAGCAACAACAGCAGCCGCAGCGCAAUGGCAUCCAGCGCCCGACGGCUCUGCCCGACCGGGUGGCCCUCUGGAGCCCCCGUCGUGGGACGAACCUGGCCAUCCCGCUGGGCAAUGGCUGUAGCUCUUCGUCGUCAUCAUCCGACUCAGAGUCCGACAGCAACUGACUGGGGGCACCAACUUCAACACGUUCCCUCGCUUCCGCGAGCUUUUCGCCUGCCCUCUCGGUUUCUUUCGCAGACUGUAUUCCCAGAGAGACACUCUGCCUUCGCCUGCCUUUUUUUGCCUACUUUUCAAAUGCCGUUUCCGUGGCAGUGGUGGAAGUUUCUCUGAACUGACUACUCCCGCGAGUGUGCCCCAAUUUCUUUGUGUUUUUCUUUUUAAGUCGUGACUUCGGGGCAGCUAUGGCUGUCGGCCCCUUUCUGUCUCGAUUGCUAGCAUGCGGGUAAAAAAAAAUGUGAGCGCAUCGCGUGACUGCCGAAGUGAAAGAGAAAUUGUCCUGCCAUGAAGGACAGUGGUUUGUGGAGACUUUUCGGUGCAAUGCGAGACGUCGCGAAAUGGGGGAAGGUAAGGCCUGCCCCCAGCUUGGCUAAAGCGCGGAUGCGGAUUUGUUCCUUUCGUCUUGCCUUUGACGACUGCGAUGCCCGUGCUGCCAUGUGUGAUGCGGGCCCAGCUGUGUGUGCGUCUCUCUUUGCGUCUUUCAUGCGCCUACAAUGUGCCAUGUUCAUCACUUUCUUUUUACGUGUAUUUUUUUCCCCGCUUUGUGUCUUCAGUGCAUUCUCUUACAGGUAGCUAUGCCAAGGGUUUGUCGCGGGCAAUUUACGGCCACAGUGACGCGCAUUUGAAAUCGUUGCUAGUGUUACUGCGCAGUCAUGCAUGUUUUGCUACUGUACCAUUUUUGUCAGUUUGGAGAUUGAAGAUAAUGCAAGUAGCGCGCUUGCUUCACAGCGAGCCCUCUGGUUGCACGGGCUGCGCUCCUAGCAGGCGUCGCUAUUGAUUCAAGUUGACACAACUUUGCCUCUUGGCGUGAAAUUUGGUAAUUUUUAGGCGAGUUGGACGUACCUCUUUUGCACAAUGAUGCCGUUGCCUUGAAGUUUAUCGUGCACCCACUAGUUGACUCGAUCGCAGUUCAGCGUCAAGUGAUCGUGCAGCCAUGUUUGGUCUUUGUUUGCCUCUUUAUUAAAGCGAUGUUUUAACGUCUUGCUGUCUCUGUGGAAUCGCCGCGGCGAGAGAGAAUGGUGUAAGCGUGCGGGCGAACGAGGCCCCAGAUCACUGGUGUUCUCGCUCGGGCAUCAGGCUGGAUCACCGGCUGUGUGUUUUUUUUGUAAAUAUGGUGAUUUGCCAAGGGUCUUUUUCCCGCAUGGAACUUUUUUUUGUCAAGGGGUGCCCCCUCCCCCUUUUCCGACCGCGCAACGAAGUUUGCAGUGGUGCGAGGGGAAACGUGGCGGCAAGUGUGACGCUUUGGUCGAGAGAUGUUUCUCCUGCUCUUUUGUACAGUGACUUUUUAUUUCUUCUUGUAAAUGACAUCCCUUCUGAAGUGAUUCGACUGAGCGCGCUCUUGUUGAGAAGAUUGAAUAAAAAAUGUGAACUUCAAAAG